GAUCGAGAUAGACUAAAUAAUGUCUAUAAAAACUCUUUUCUUGGUAUGUGGUCAUUGAUCUAAACAAAGAAGACUCUAAAUUAAAACAAUGGAGGAAAAUAGCUUUUGGACUCUAUCCAUUACAUAGAUCAAUGGUGGAAACUAACUUGCUAUCCUCCAUUAAAGCACCUCGAGUCUUCUCAAAGUUCAUCUGGUCGGGUUGGGCAAACCUAACAAGAAAAGGGCAUAAAAACAAGACAUAUCUGAUCAACCCGACCCACUUUAACCUCUUUGUUGGCCGCGUAACUUGUUCGCACGCGGCCAUCUCACAAAGAACAUACAUUAAAAAAAACACAAGAACCAAGAAAGAAGAACCCGUGCCCUUUUUUCAAAAAAGAAAGAAAGAAGAACCCUAGUUUGCACUGCAAACUUUGCAGAUACAACCACAUCUUCAUAACACAUUAGCUUUAUACACACGUCACGUGAUAUAUAUGCAAAAUGGUGAGAAUAAGAGAAAACCUUACAUGGUCAGUCUCAACACCUGCACUUCGGGAGGUCAGAACGACAGCAACAACGCCGGUGGCUUCACAAAAACCAAAACAUCGGUUAACAAAACAACUAUCUAUGUGUGAGUCACCACGAGACAUUGCUUGGGAAAGAAGAAAACGUCAGAUGAUAAUGAUUCAAGAGAAGAAGACGCGCGUUUCAGAAAAUCUUAGUGAACAGAAGAAACUAACCGAUGAGGAUUUAAACGAGCUUAAAGGAUCCAUUGAGCUAGGUUUCGGUUUUAAAGAAGAGGCAGGACAAAAGCUCUGUAAUACAUUACCAGCUCUUGAUCUUUACUUUGCAGUGAAUCGUCAGCUGUCUCCUCUCCCUUCGCCUAGCAGCAGCCGUAGCAGCAGCGCAUUGGCAUCAGCUUUCUCGAUGAGUAUACCUUGUAGCCCAAAGAAAACUGAUUCAGAUUCAUUAAAGAUCGUGUGUCCAGGGGACAAUCCUCAACAAGUGAAGGAGAGAUUGAGACAUUGGGCACAAGCAGUUGCAUGCUCUGUGAUGCAGACAUAUUGAUAAGUGUAUAAGAUUUUCUUUUGAGAGAUAGGAAGUAAAAGAAUCCUUUUAUGGCUGUGUAUAUACUUUGUGUAAAGGGAAGAAAAAGAUAAGAAACAAUAAAGGUUUUCUUGUUCGUUAAAUUGUAUAUACCAAAAGGUUUCGAUAUA